ACCUCCGCGAUAUUUGUCCCCUUCGCCCCCUCUAGUCAUCCUAACCAGCUUCUCCAGAAGCUCGGCGCCGCCCACAACCCGGACCUUCCCAUCAGCGUUGCAUUCGGUCUGGUGGCCUUACAGCGCGGCUGGAAGCCAGGCUCCAAUAAAUGGAAGAAAAACUGGAAUACUUGCAUGAAUAGCGAGUAUGACCGACUUAUCGGCUGCCGUGUGAGCAGCCUCGCCACCUGGCAGGAGCUGUGCACAAAGGUGGGAAUCGAAGAUUCUUUCACCUCGAUUAACCAAUGCAAGAAGGCACUGGCUCGCGUCCACGUCAAUAUCGUUGACCUGCUGGAUUCCUGGAGUAUCGAUGCUAUCCCGGUUCGCUUCAAGAAUAAAGAGGCCCUUGCAGCAUAUACCAAGGACAGCAGGAAGUUCUUUGGUCGACAUAUCGCUAAGCAGGACAAAGUGCUCCGCGUUCUGCUUCGUAAGCUCCUUUAA